AUGACAUCAACAUACGGACGACGAAUUCCUCAAUGGGACUGCGAAGAUAUUCGCGAAAUCUACGGAGUAAUGCAAGACUUUAGUCAAGCCGCAGAGCCAGGGAAAUAUCUUGCAGAAACUUUCCCGCCUCUAUCCAAGAUCCCCGGCUGGAUGCAGUGGUGGCGGAAACCAGCUGAGCGAUCCUUCCAGCGACAGGCUUCGAUAUGGAUGAAGUAUUUCUCUGAACUCCAGAGGAGCAUCGAGCAGGAUGAGGCUCCGGAAUGUUUUGUUAAAAGCUUCCUCGAAUGGGAUUAUGAGAGGAAUGAGAUCAGUGACUUGCAAGCGAGUUUUCUGGCCGGUAUACCAGCAAUGAUUGAGGCAGGUUCGGAAACAACAUCCUCAGCCUUGAACUCCUGUGUGAAAUAUUUUGUUGCAUACCCGGAAGCUCAAGCAAAAGCCUACGCCGAGAUCCAGAAGGUUGUAGGCGAAAGCCGAUUCCCGUCGUUUAAAGAUGAGGAGAAUCUGCCCUAUGUUCGGGCUUGUGUGAAAGAGAUUUUACGCAUUCGACCGGUAAACAAUAUCGGAAUCCCCCACUACACAACCGCCGACAUUAUCUACAAAGACUACUUCAUACCCGCCGGGACAGUAGUAAAUAUCAACAAUUACGCCCUCCAUCUUGACCCUAAGCGCUGGGAGAAUCCAGAAGACUUCAUCCCAGACCGAUACCUGGACUACCCCUUGAAAGCAGGUGCUUACGCCGCCAGUCCUGACCCUGAACAGCAAAUCCACUUUGAUUUCGGUGCAGGGCGUCGUAUUUGUCCUGGGAUGCAUUUGGCGGAGAACAGUCUCUUUAUUACGAUCGCGAGUAUCAUAUGGGCAUUUGAGAUUCUUCCGCCUAUGGAGGGUGGCAAGAUUGGUCAUGUCGAUGUGUCUGAUGCCGCUUAUGUUGCGGGCACCAAUACGUUGCCGAAGCAGAGUAAGCUUAGGUUUAUCCCAAGGAGCGAGAAAGUUAAGGAGACUAUAUUGACUGGAUGGCCGGUUGCUAAGGAGGAGGGUUAUAUGCUGGGUGAUAUCAAGGUAGAUGCGAAGGGGGUGGUCGUUUCUUCGAAGUAA